UUCGCCGAAAAUUUACCGAACGCGUUAUUAAUAGAAGAAUAGAUCGAGGUAGGUAAAGUUUUUAAUUUACCUUAUAUUCUGUUAUUUGUUAUAUUCUGUGUUUUGGAGCCGUUUUGCUCGCACUGAUUAUUUAUCAGGCGUUUAUAUUGAUAUUGCGUGAAAGGCCACGCCAUCAAAAUACUCAAUUUUAUACUCGAACUGAAACGGAGCCAUUGUGCUCGCACGCUAAAGUGUUCAUCGUGUUCGAUGACUCAAAUUAAAUUAAAAGCAAGUGUUGCACUCAGUGGUUUCUUCGUUUAAAUACCACCGUUCGAUUCAGUGUAACAAUAUCUCCCCAUUCCUAGCGAUAGUUUUAGUCAAUCGCAACAUUAUAGCGAUUUAUGAGCUUUGAAAGUCAAGCGAGUUCGUAUAUGAUCAAAUUACGCGAUAUUACUAACAAAUUAUAAACAUAAACAUGCUGUGCUGAGUGGUUAUAUUACUACCUUAAAAAAUAAGCAGAAACUCGACGUUUCGAGCGAAGGUCCUUCGUCAAGGCCGGUGUCACAGGAAUGCUUCUGUAAUGCAUCCCAACCAUACGAGCAAUUAUAUAUACUGUGUAUAUGAAAGAAAAAAACCCAUAGGAAAAUGUUUUUUUACGAAGUAACCACUCAUUUGAUUCUGUUUUUCGAACAAACGUUUUCACUUAAAAGUCUACUUUUACCGCUAAUUACUCCCUGUUAUUUAUUAGACGCGUGCAUAUUAACAUAUUCGCCAACGCAUGAUGUCAUCGUUUGCUAAAGUGCGGUUGUUAUUCUGACUAAUUUUAUACUAUGUGACUGAAUUUAUAGAUCUAAAUAACUCGUAAUAUCUUAGAAAUUCUUAUCUCUAAAAUCGUUUUGUGUUCUUAGUUAUAGUUAAGCCAUCGUGCAUUAACGUUGUCCUCUACAGAUACCCAUGUGUGAUGCGUCUGGCAUGACUGCACUAACACAUAUUAUGCUUUCCUUCAAACUUUUAGCUCUUGGCCGCAAUGAAGAAUUUCGACACAAAUAAAUUAUGCAAACUAACUAUAAAUAUUGACAAACAUUUUUAGGAUCUUUGUUUAAGAAGAAACUUCACGAUUUCCGAGCUUAUAGCGACAAAGUAAACUAUGUUUUCGAGGGGGCCAAAUUUCCGAAGGGGAGGCCAUAUUUCCUAGGAAAUAUGGCCCCCAGGGGGGCCAAAUUUCCUAGGAAAUUUGGCCCGGGGGGGCCAAAUUUUGGGGGGGGGGGGCAAAUUUCCUGGGACACCGGGCCGACGUUUCGAGCGAAGGCCCUUCGUCAAGCUACUAACUCUUGACGAAGGGCCUUCGCUCGAAACGUCGAGUUUCUGCUUAUUUUUUUAAUUAAGGUAGUAAUAUAACCACUCAGCACAUGCAGCAUUUCUACAUCGGUACUACCUACACUGGUACAGACAGUUUUAGUAUAAACAUAAACAUACCUUUCGCCAAACAUAACUUCAGCCCCUUGAGACGUACGCACUUUGUAAUUGUCGAUUGUUUGUUCGAUCUUCGAUUGAGAGUAUUCAAAAAAGAGAUUUACAGUGUUAUUUUCAAAUCAUAUUUGUAAAAGACGGACUGGACUGUACCGGACUGUACUGGACUGGGAGAACCCAGAACUGAGUCCGUGUUUUACAAAUCGCUGACUGAAUUUGUAAAACACGGACUGGACUGGACCGGGAAAACGCGGACCGAGUCUGUGUUUUACAAAUCGCGGACUGAAAUUUGUAAAACGCGGAUUGAGUCUGUGUUUUAAAACAAAUCGCGGACUGCGAUUUGUAAAAGGCGGACUCAUUCAAUGUCGCUUCCAACUAAGGAUGAACUGUCGCAGAUAAAACAUAUUUGUCUAUUCUCAUGACAAAGUUCAAUGUUUUUUCUGAGAAAGUUCGAUGUUUGUGAUGAUCUUGAUCAUUUGAGCUUGGAUCUGGUUGAACGUGAUUGGCUGAUUAGAUUAAAACCUGCAGUCAAGUGCUCUUGACAAACAUCGAAGAUUCUCACGCGAAUAGGCAAUGUUUUCAUGAGUGACCGUUCAUCCUGCAAGCGACGGUACACGGACUCAGUCCAGUAUUGACUCAGUCGUGAGAAUUUUGGCGGGAAUUGCGUAUAAUAGAUCGGUCAAGGAAUAAUCAUAUCCUGGAACUAAGGUUGGUAUAAAUUACUUAUCACUUAUUUAUCGCCGAGGGAAACAUCGACGGUCGAGGGUCCACAAAACACACUGCUUUCCCGAGGUCUCAGUAAAUAAGUGUUUUAUUAUAUAUCAAUAGUCAAAGAAACAACAAAUUAAAGAUUAGAGAUUCAAUUCAAGAAAGUUCGGAAGGUGCGAAAUAUUAACAACAUUCCAGAGGUUGCUCCCCAAAUGAUGGAAUGUUUUGGUGCGCAGAAUAUAUGCGCAGAACGGACUUUACCGCAUCUUUAAACACUGGCUACACUGCAGUUACUUAAAGCGAAAGUUUUAAUUACAUACUAGGCAUGUCCAAAGGUCGCAUCUUCACGUGAUGGCGCAAGUGAUUUUUUUUAUUAUUCUCGAUAACGUAUUAUCUCCCUCUCGCGCUGUUGCGAGGGAGACAGCCUAAUUUCGUCACUCUCACGUGAUAUGCUCUCAACCAAUAAAACACUAGAAAAAUGCGACUUUCACUAUUGAUAUAUAAUAAUAUUAUUUAUUUAUUGUUUUGAAUAAACAGAUGAACAGCGUUCAAUCUUAGGAACACGCUCAGUCAUGUGGGACUUUCUGCCACUAUUGUCGAGGAAACUCAUGCAUGAGAGGGCGUAUUAAAAUGGUUUAUCUAUAAAUUUGCGAGAAAUAUGAAAUGAAUACUAUAAUCGAAUAACGAUUCUUAGAAACUUCCUCGUACGACAACAAUAAAAUUUAGAAGUUUCGCCGUUUAAUAGCACAAUUUAAAAGGUAUAUUCGAUUACAGUAUUUAUUUCAUAUUUCUCACAAAUUUAUAGUAAAUUUUAAUACAUAUUUCUUCGCCACGAACACAAAAUAAACAAAUUAACUCUAUCUGAUAUUUGUUGGGAUCGUAAAUCAAAACCGCAACCGUACCAUUGUAAAAUGAAUGUAAUCAAGAACGGUUUCGUCUAAUUACGAUUAACACUAAAUGGUAUCUGCUAUAAGAGCUAUAUCUAUACAGGAUACCGCUACAGUAUUUACAUUGAUAUGAAACGGCCACAUUUGAUAUACGCAUACACGAGUUUCCUCGACAAUAGUGGCACAAAGUCCCACAUGACUGAGCGUGUUCCUAAGAUUGAACGCUGUUCAUCUGUUUAUUCAAAACAAUAAAUAAAUAAUAGUAAUUUAUACCAACCUUAGCUCCAGGAUAUGAUUAUUCUUUUACCGAUCUAUUAUCCGCAAUUCCCGCCAAAACUCUCACUACUGAGCGCAAUUCCCGCCAAAACUCUCACGACUGAGUCAGUACUGGACUGAGUCCGUGUACCGUCGCUUGCAGGAUGAAUGGUCGCUCAUAAAAGCAUUACCUAUUCGCGUGAGAACUUUCUCGGUAAAAACAUUGAACUUUGUCAUGAGAAUACACAAUGUUUUAUCUGCGACCGUUCAUCCCUAGUUGGAAGCGACGGUAUUGAAUGAGUCCGCCUUUUACAAAUCACAGUCCGCGAUUUGUAAACACAGACUCAGUCCGCGAUUUGUAAAACACGGACUCGGUCCGCGUUUUCCCGGUCCAGUCCGUCUUUUAAAACAUGCCCAUUUUCAAGCUUCUAUCUUUAAAGUUUGAUUGUACAAUUUAAAGAUGCUGUAACGUCCGUAAUGUAAACAAACGCUUUGUUUACAUUUUGAACUGCCUGGCUAUAUUUGUAAAAUAUGAUAUAUUGAGUGAAAUAUUCGACAUGAGCGCAGACUCCAUAUCGGAUCGUAUUUUAACAACAACUUUGUCUUAAAUAAGAAACAUCGGCACUCAACGAAAUAAUGCAUGCUUUCAUAUUUAAAUUUUGGGGAAAUGUUUUGGUCAUGUCCAGUAUGGUUCGCCACUGUGCGUAACAAAACUAAAAUUUCAUCUGCUCGCCAAAGGAGAAUUCAGAUAAAAUAAAUUUUUUGUUCAUUUUCAAAUGGUGUAUAAACUUUAACAAUGAAACAAAUUGCAACGUGCAUGAAUAAGGACAGCCACUUAAAUACUUGAGGGGGGUAAUAGUUGUAUAGAAAUGUUCUUCCUGAAUGUUUUGUCAACUAUAAGCAAAAAGAAUGUCUUGUUUGCAUGAUAAUACCGUUUCUUAGUGAUCUCAUGCAAUGCAAAUUAUUUAAGAGAGAACACGCAAACCGUUAUAAGUAAAUGCGAUUUUAUUUUUUGAAGCGCUCAGUUCUCACACUUCGCAUUCAUGGCUGAUAUUAUAAGAUGAAAUAUUAUUAAGGUAAAAUGUACUUUGUGUACUUUUAAUAUUCUUAUGAGUAGCCUAUAGUUUAGCUCUAAGUAAUGAUAUCGUAUUUCUAAAUACAUUGUAUUUAUGAAGCUAAAGUUGAUGAUGCUGCACGUGAUAUUGUUCACUCGGGAAUAUGAUAUAGGUAAUGUCCUAUCAUAUCACCCAGUAAACAAUAUCAGAGCAUCACGUAACACUCGCAGAAUAUUGUUCGAUGCUGAAUUGAUAUAAACGAGUAUGUUUACGAUAUUCAGUAUAUAAUUCAUAAUGUCCAGAGUCCAGCCAGCAUUUCGAAGGUUUAUAUAUACUGUAUAUAUAUAUAUACAUUAUCUGGUUCAACCCCUCGGAAUUUCCUGCAGCUUCUCGAUAAACACGGAAAUAUAAGACAUUGUUUCACAUCAUAUCCUAAGUAGUAUUAUGAUCAAUGAUAUAAUUAUGUUGACUUGUGUCACGAAGCACUACUGGACUAAGAUAAUACCAAAACUCUUUAAUUAUUUCUUUAAUUACAAUACUCAACAACGAUUAAUCUCCACGAAAUACAUCUCACGAUUUCACCUUAUUAACUCUACAAUACUCACUUCCAUGCGGUUCUCUCUCCUCUAAAAACACAUACACUAAAAGGCGCUAAGACACAUACACUAAAAGGCGCUUAAACACAUACACCAGAAGGCGCUUCUCUACACUCCCCCCACCUAAAAUCAACUUGAUUACUGACUAUAUCAGUUCACUGGUUAACUCAACACGAAAGUAGGUAUAAAAUAGUUCAAAUCGACAAAGUUCAUGCAACACUUCCAUUACUAUAAUAGUGUUUAACUUAUCUGUUCACAGUGUUCAAUAAUCCAACACAGGUACUCCAUAACGAUCGGGUUGUCUUCGAUUCUGUCUUAAGUUAUAACAUAAAUUUAAUGGUUCUGCUUGAUCAUCGAUUCCACGUGGUGCUAAACGUACUCCAGCACGCUCAUUAAUAAGUUCAAUCGUAGACUCAUCCGAAUCAGAACUUAGCAUGUCUUCCGAUUCCUCACCCAAUGGAUUAGCAACUGUUUCUACGACAAACCGUCUUAGAUUAUUCGCAUUUACAACUUUACGUUUUCUGCUUUCCAAUGACUCUAUCUCGCAAUCGUUCUCUCGAAUGUUAACAAUGAUGUAAGGACCCGUAUACUUUUCAUCUAAACCUCGCGCUCGAAAAUUCUUUAAUAGAACAGUGUCCCCCAUGUAAAACCGCUUGUUUUGUUGUGCUCGAUACCGUAAAUCAUAACUACGUUUCUGCUUCUCUUGCGCUUUCUCGAUCCUUUUAGUAACCAAUUUCCGGAGAAUAUCUUGUCUCUUCUUUAACUCUUCAACGUAUUUGGCUGGACCAUGUGUUGGGCUAGAUACCAGUUUUUCUUGAUCCGUUCCAAAUGGCAAUCUCACUUCUCUACCAUAUAACAUUUCGAAUGGUGUCACACCCGUAGAGGAUUGCGUACUAACCCGAUAAGCCAGUAACGCAUGUGGCAGCUGCUCGUCCCAAUCAUUUUUCUCUUUGUUUACUCUCAUUCUCAACAAGGAUUUCAAAAUACCAUUAAACCGCUCGCACAACCCGUCUGUUUGGGGAUGGUAGGCUGUAGUCCGUCUCUUUUCAAUUCCAAACAUUUCACAUAGACUUGCAAUCACUUUGGACUCAAAAUUACUGCCUUGAUCUGUUAGUAGGACUGAGGGCAUUCCAUGUCUAGCAAAGAUGUCUUCCAGGGCUCUCGCAACUGUAACUGCUUCUUGAUUUGGCAAUGCUACUGCCUCUGCGUACUUUGUGUAGUAAUCAACGACUGACAAAAUGUAUUUGUUUCCUCUACUAGUUGUUUUUAAUGGACCAAUAAUGUCUACACCAAUCAUAUAAAAUGGUAUGGGUAUCACUUCGAUUGGCUUCAUCGGACUCCGCGGCCUAGGUACUGCUUUAUUUUUGGAACAAACUUCACAAUUUCUACAAAAUUCUUCAACAGCUUUAAAGAAUCCAGGCCAAUAAAACUUCCGUUGAAUCAUCUCAAACGUUUUUGCAACACCUAAAUGUCCAACUUGACAGUGGGCUUCUUCCAGUAUGUUAGGAGUUAGAUAGGUAGGUACCACAAUUUGCUCUCGUUCCUUUGCUGUUUUAUCAGUCCACUUUCGACAUAAGACAUGAUUUUUGACAACCAAUGAAUCAAAAUUCUUGUAUAAUGUAUCUAGAGUUACACUCACAUCAACCAACUGAAUAUCCUCGUCGAACGUUUGCAUGACUUCAAACUCUUGCCAGGUUGACAUUGAAACCAAGAUAGUGUUCACAGGUGCACGAGACAAGGCAUCCGCAUGCUGCAUUUUCGUGUUAGGUAGGUGUUCUAUCGUAUAGUCAUAUUCUUCCAAUUUUAAGAUCCAACGAGCUAAUUUACCAUUUGGAUGUUUGAUGUCUCGAAGCCAUUUCAAAGCCUUAUGAUCAGUAUAUAUGGUGACCUUUCUCCCAUAUACAUAUGGGUGAAAGUAUUGUAAAGCCCAGACCACUGCAAAUGCUUCCUUUUCUGUUGUUGUCCAGUUCUUUUCAGCACCCGAAAAUGCCUUAGAUGCAAAAGAAACCACUUUUUCUUCCUCAUUUUCAUCCUUUUGGGUCAGCACUGCGCCUAUGCCCACAUCACUCGCAUCCGUAUACAAUAUAUAGUCUCCAUUUAAGUCAGGAAAUGCCAAAACAGGGGCAGAUAUAAGUUGUUCUUUCAGUUGUUCGAACGCUCGUUGACAGUUCUUGUCCCAAUCAAAGCGGACACCUUUUUGCGUCAGACGAUGAAGAGGACCUGCAAUAUCACUAAAGCCAGAAAUAAAACGCCUGUAGUAAGAGGCCAUACCCAGGAAACGUCGCAACUCAGUGAGAUUUUGUGGGGUAGGAAAAGCACGGAUUGCUCCAACUUUGGUCACAUUUGGGGCCAGACCAGCAGCAGAAACGGUAAAACCCAAGAAAUCCACACUUGGCUUCGCAAAACUACACUUGGACAACUUAAGUCUCAAUCCAGCUCUGUCUAUAGCCUGCAAGACAUCGUCCAAAUUCUCCAAAUGUUGGUCAAACGUGCGACCCACGACCAAAAGAUCAUCUAAGUAAACCAGACUCUUGAGUGGCAAAAGACCAUUCAACACAGCAAGCAUAAGUCGCUGGAACGUGGGCACAGCAUUCGUUAGGCCAAAGGGCAUACGCAGGAAUUCAAAGUGACCACCCCCUGGAAUCACGAAAGCUGUUUUCUCCAGACUAGAUUCGUCAACUGGAACCUGCCAAUAUCCCGAGGCUAGGUCGAGUGUCGAAAAAUACUGAUGACCAGCUAAGUUAUCCAUCAAAUCAGCAACCUAGGGAAGUGGGAAAGCAUCUUUCACUGUGACAUCAUUUAGUUUCCUGAAAUCAAUACAAAAACGCCAUGUCCCAUCUUUCUUUCGAACUAAGACUAUAGGACUUGACCAUGGUGAAUUACUCGGCUUAAUUAUGUUGUUUUCCAACAUUUCUUCUACUUGGUCUUCAACAACGGUUCUCAGAGAAUUGGGCAGUCUUCGAGGCAGCUGUUUAACAGGUACGGCAUCGCCUGUCUCAAUCUUAUGCUCUGCUAGUGUGGUUACGCCAAGUUCACUAGAAUUUUUCGCGAAAACAUCUUGGUAUUUAUUCAACAAAUUCUCCAUCUUCUCUCGCUCCUCACCCGACAGAUGCUCUAACUCAAAUUUGAUCUUAUCCUCGGCAGAUGGUGUACCGCACUUUGAAUUAAUAAAUGUUGGGUCUCUUAACUCAUCACCAACUUGCUGAAGUUGCCCAACAGUCAUGCCCUUGCACAACUUAAUAGGUGAUGUCCCUGGAUUAAUAAUCUGGAUGGGUACCCUCUGUUCUUUUGGCUGUACAAUAACUCUUGCUACAAGAACACCUUUCCCGGAUAAGUUCAUAUUAGGCUCUAAGAUGCUUUCAUUUAAAGUGGGAUUUCGGACCCUGGCAGUUUUGAAAACUUCAUGUUUCGCCGGAACAACCAAAUCCUCAUCUAGAACAACGCCCAGGGUAUCUGCUAUGGUUGAAUCAAAUAAACACAAGGGUUUUGUGGUACCAUCUGGGAAUUUCAAAACCAUUUCAGCCAUAUCGACAUUUACUUUGUUAGUUACUAAACAAUCUAAACCCAGAAUAAUUUCAGACACCAUUUCAUUAGCCACAUAAAAGUCAUGAGAUGACUUGUUGUUUUCAUCAAAUUGUACAUUCAAGGUGGUUUUGCCCAGAAUCCCAAUGGGAGAAUUGUUAGCGGCUUCUGCAACAAUAUCGGAUGGAAAUAAUGGGGUAUCAUCCAGUUUAAGAGGUUGCCACCGGUCUUUACUAACUAAUGAAAUGGAUGCGCCGGUGUCAACUAUACAAAGUUUGUUUUUCCCAUUAAUAGUAGUCUCGACCAUAAGGGUUUUCUUCUUACUCGCUGAAGAAACGGUAGACAGUCUGAUUUUUGAAUAUUUUUUCUUGGGGCUUUCACCAUCUCUACUAGAACCCAGACCUCCCUCCAACUUGGCAUUAAGAACUUUGCAAUAUGGCCACUAUUCCCACAACGAUAGCAAAUGGUCACGUGUCUAUCCAUUUGCCAAUUCUUAUCAUAACCUUGGAGCUUAGUAUUAACUGGUUGUUGAUUAGCCAAGGGGCAGUAUUUUGCCAAAUGUCCUGGCUUUUGACAUGAAUAACAUAACUUAGUUUGUGGACGUGCAGUAUUAUUUUGCCUGAAGUUGUUCAUAGUAGGGCACUGUCUGGACACAUGACCAAAUCCAUUACACGAAUAACAUGUUUUAACAGCAUUCAAAGAACUAACUGAGCCAAUUGUUGUUCUACUUAAUUUUUCUGUUGCUUCUCUGGCUAAUGUUUUCAUUGUGGCAUUUGCUGCCUCAAAUCUUCGAGCAAUUAACAAGGCAUCAUUUAAACUGUUUGGUGGCUCUUGUAACAACUUGUUUUGGGUGGCCUUAUCUCUCAACCCCAAAAUAAAUUGAUCAACCAACCUGCUAGAAUAUUCGUCACCAUGGAAACCACAUCUAGCUCCAGCUUCUCGCAAAGAAACAGCAAACGAAUCAACAGACUCACCAGGCUCCUGUUCUCGACGAUGAAAAUUGUAACGUUUCUCCGUAGCAGUCUGAUUCCUUUCAAAUAAGGACUUCAACUUUCCAAUCCAAUCUUUGUACGCGUUUUCCCCUUCGCCAAACUCAACCGGUUCUGCCAAACGAAACGCGUCUUCGCUCAAAUUAAACAACAGCGCAAAUCGUCGCUUUUUAACAUCUUCAAGUUCCACUGCUUCGAAGUACAGAUUACAUUUCUUGAUGAACAAAUCAAAGUCUUCGCCAAUUUUAAACUUGUCGGGCCUUCGAAACAAUGACAAAGAUAACUUAUUCGUCUCAACAUUCGGUGCUUCUGCUUGCUCAGGCUCGACCGCCAUGUUUGCACGAUACAAAACACACUCGAAAACAAGUCAAAAUGUCACAUCAUUUCCACAGGUUUGGUCUCGGUGGGACCUCCAAAAUUGUCACGAAGCACUACUGGACUAAGAUAAUACCAAAACUCUUUUAUUAUUUCUUUAAUUACAAUACUCAACAACGAUUAAUCUCCACGAAAUACAUCUCACGAUUUCACCUUAUUAACUCUACAAUAUCUCACUUCCAUGCGGUUCUCUCUCCUCUAAAAACACAUACACUAAAAGGCGCUAAGACACAUACAUAAAUAAAUUGGACACGAAGCAGUUUGCGUUUCCAGGGAAAUCUACGACUCACGCCCUAACAUACCUCUUGCACACCAUUUUGUCUUCCCUUGAGAACACUUCCUGCUCCGCUAGAUUGUUUUUUGCAGACUUUAAAAAGGGGUUCGAUCUUGUUGAUCAUAAUGUCAUAAUAUGCGAGCUGGAAAAUCUUGGUGUACAUCCUGCCAUAGUGCGGUGGAUAAAAGCUUUUCUUAGCAACCGUGAACAGUGUAGUGAACAAUCCACUACAAUACUUCAUAAACUCGUCAUAUGCGCAUCGCAUUUUUUUUACAAAGAGACGCCUGGGUACGAGGCAGGUUUCAUAGCAUGUUAGACCCACUUUGGUCGGUAGAUUUGUAGGUGAAAUAAGUUUGUUUGCUUUCUAGUCUCUUCAAUGUGGAUGUUCCAUUUAAAGUGCCUAUAUCACUUGUGGGACAUUUAUGGAUUUGAAAACAGCGUAAAAAGUUAGUUAAUAAGUUCAAAAGAUUUUUUUGAUUUAGUGCAAUAGUUUUGAGGAUAUGGGCCUUUCAAAAACGGACUGUUCAUGAGUCCCAGUCUCCUGCGCUCUAAACGCGGCUAUUGAAUUUGGCCUUUUUCGAAACUGUCCAUUGUGCAUAGAAGUCUGGGACUCAGGAACUGUAGGUAGUUUAGAGGCCUGUAUCUUCGAAAUUAUUGCACUAAAUAAAAAAAAUCUUUUGAACUUAUUAACUAACUUUUUACGUUCUUUUCAAAGGUCCCACAAGUGAUAUAGGCACUUCAAGGAUAUUAUUAAUCCAAAGACCUAGCAGCUUGAACGAGUUCACUCUUUCAAUCGUAUCAUUGCCAAGUAUUGGGAAUGCAGUCUUCGAGGUCAUCUACAUGAGCAUUAAACAAUGUUGUUUGUAAUGUUACUCUGAGUGUAUAUCCAAACCGGGCGAGCUUGAAAACUAUGUCCGGCCACGGUGGGAAUCGAACCUACGACCUUUGGAAACUGAGCUACGCGGUCAGGUCGGUUCAAGUAAGUGAUGUUUCGGAACAGAAUCUAGUUCCUUCGAUACCAAUGUAAUCUAGUAAUAUGAUUUUUUCUGUGUUGGUGUUAAGUACUCAGGUGAAUAUGAUGUUUGUAAUGUUACUCUGAGUGUAUAUCCAAACCAGGCGAGCUUGAAAAAUAUGUCCGGCCACGGUGGGAAUUGAACCUACGACCUUUAGAAUACUAGCCCAAUGCUCUGCCAACUGAGCUACGCGGUCAGGUCGGUUCAAGUAAGUGAUAUUUCGGAACAGAAUCUGGUUCCUUCGAUACCAAUGUAAUCUAGUAAUAUGAUUUUUUCUGUGCUGGUGUUGUGUGCUCAGGUGAAUAUGAUGUUUGUAAUGUUACUCUGAGUGUAUAUUCAAACCGGGCGAGCUUGAAAAAUAUGGCUCCUCCAUUCUAGAAAGCUCCAUGUCCAUGCUUAGCCAGACGCUUUUCGACACGUUCAUUUUUGCGAGCUUUCUUAAAAGCAAUCCGUGGUCCACCAGAUCAAAUGCUUUGCAAAAGUAGAUAAAUAAAACGUGGAUACCCAUUCUUCCAUCACGCGAGGUUUCAAUCUUGUUGAACCAAUUUUGGGUGAUGCUCGCAAGUGCAGAUACUGUCGAUCUACCAGGUGUAAAUGCAUGUUGAUUAUCUUUGAUCUUAAGGUCCCCUUUGUUUAAUUUAAGUUGGAUGAUUUCUAAGACUUUAGCCAAUUGCGGUAAUACUGAGAUUUGACAGAAAUCAUUGUCCAUGUAGGUGGGUACACUUUAGGUACUAGGGUGACCAAUGCAUGUUUAUAUGGGGUUGGAUAUUUAGCCUGGGAGAUGCUGGAGCAUAUGAUGUUAUGAAUAACAGGAGCAAGUUCUUCAUUGUAAUGUUUCAGUAACUAUGAAGGGAUCCCAUCUGAGCCAGUGCAUGGCCUUCCUGGGAUUUAGAUGUUUAAGGGUGCCUUAAUUUGUCCAAUGGAAGGUAACGGGGGACUGGUAUCAUUGUUAGGUAGGUGUUCAAAUUCCCCAACAUCCGGAAUUUCAGUUGGGGUUGCAUUCUGCCAGGGUUUGGUGAAGCUUUGUUGCAGGCGUUCCACUAGAUCUGCUGCAACAUCUGCUGGAGGUUGAGAGUUACAGUCAUUGGCGGCAGCAAGUUCAUAAUAGUUUUCACUUUUGUACCACUUUGCCGGACUCGUUUCGCGUGUACCUUCUGCUUUUAGUUGGUAAUAAUUCUCUUUCGCAUUUGAUACAAGGACAUGCCAAGGUUAGCUAUUAUGUGACAAACUUCACUUGUCAAGUGAGGUAACUUUCAAAGUUACCUCACUUGACAAGUGAGGUAACUUUGUCACAUAAUAGCUUGUACCUUGGCAUGUCCCCAGAUGUAAACGCCUUUUGCCUAGCUUUUAUUUCGUGUUUUAUACGCGGUAUCAUGGCUGUGUCAUCCACGGCUUGUCGGAGGGGUGGGUACGUACAGUAAGUUUAGGCAGCGAUUUAUCAAGCAUGCGCACGAUAGUACAAGUCAACGCGCGCACACGAACAUCAUGUUGUAGAACGAGAACUGUACUGGACUUGUAAAACGCUCGAUAGAACUAACAAUAAAAUGGUUUUUGUGGAUGGAAUUUUCGAGUGGAAGAUUGUGCAGAAUUUUAUACCUAAUCAGGAGCAGCUGCGAAAAAUGCAACUAUGAGCCCUCUGGCAGGAAUUGAAUCUGCGGUCCUGCGAUUCCGGUGCAGCGCUCUUACCUAACCAUGCAACUGAGCUACAGAGUCGAGUUGUUUCGCGAUUUGCAAAACAUUAAUCUUUUCCGAGUCCAAUUCAGUCCACUUCAUGUUUUACAACAUCCCUGUUGUGGAGUUAAAUGCUGAGUUGGGAUUUUGAAUUUAUGGAAAGUUUAGCCAAUAUUCGUUAGCCUUAUUUAUCCGGGUACUGUAAGUACCGGAGUUUUAAGAUCUUUUUUCUUGCGCGAGCAAAAGCUAUACAAAACAUUUAAAAAUAGCCGCCGUUUGUACUAGGUUGGAGCGAGCGAUGUAUAUUUACAAUAUAUUUCGUUGUAUUAGAUCUAGUACUAAAUAUUAUACACCAAAUGGAGCAGUUUUCAUACACUCGUUUUCAUACAGUGACCACAGUUAAUAAUCAGUAAAUCGCAAUUCGGGACUUUCGCGCGUGUUUAUAGUAGCGGUUGCCGCGGUCAUUACAAAGCUUUUUGAAUCGUUAGCAUAUUCUUAUUUUUUAUUUAUAUAAAACUUAAAUUUUGUAGUUAUUAAUAAAUUUUGUUGGCACUCAUCAUUCGUGUUCUUAGUAGUCUCCCUUCGAGCCGCUCGUGCCUCGUGGCCUAAAUUGAAGUGCAAAAAACGCACAAAUCUACUCGACAUACCUGAAAUUCUUCGAUUUGCAGGGCGUAUAUUAUAUCGCAAACCACAACAAUAUUGGCAAUAUUGUCUCAGCUUCAAGACAAAAGCGCAUAUUAAAUAAUAUAUAACCAGAUUGCUUUACGCAACACAAAAAGUCGCAGUUUAAUGUUUUAUUAAUAGAGUAAAUACAAAAUCGCUCUCGACAUUGGCUUGUUAAAACUCUAAAGGUACUGUACUAUAAAUCAUCACUAUAGGAGGAUUUUUAAAACUUUAUAAUGCGUUUGAUAAUAACAAGCUUACGGCCUAACAAAUCAAAACAAUGAUCAAUACUGUAUAGUCUGUAUAGCAAAAUAUCAACAUAACAACUUAUGAGUUAUAUGUCUUACGAACUUACUGCCAUGCAACGUAAAGUAUUGAUAACUAUUAUAUGACACAACUAAUUAACUAGUAUACAGUAAAUUUCUUUUUUAACGCCGAGACACCGUACGCGAUUCGACAACGCAGCGCGAUUUUUCAGUUUUUGAAAGUUAAUAAAACGGCCAUUGAAAGGAAAUUUUAAAUAAUAUGUAGACCAGAUAAUUCAAAAUAAUAUAGUGCUUCUAAGUAUUUGGAAAAUUUAAACCAGGAUCAAAGUUAUCGGUCAGUGAAAAUCGAAAAAUCGCGCCGCUUUGUCGAAUUGCGUCCGGUGUGUGUUGGCCUUAAAUCCGGCAUAUCCUUUGCGUGUUUAAUAAAUGUGGUUUAUUUACGUUAGCAAUUCAGUUUUUUUAUAAUAAACAAUUAAUGAAUGAGGUUGAGUAUGAUAUCGAAAAUUAUCAAGGGCGACAUAGGCGUUGAAAGAUCGAUAAGUGUGUGUGUGUGUGGGGCGGGGGGGGACCAUAUUCAUAUAUUCGGGUUCUGCAUUAUUAAUUUCUUUUGAAAUCGAUUGUUUUUAAGGUCUGUGAACACGAAUAUAUGAAUAUGGUCCCCUCCACUUAUCGAUCUUUCGACGCCUAUGAAGGGCGAGGUUUGUGUCAUCUACCGACGCUGAAGGCUGACGUGGAUAACACCGAGGCCUUGAUAAUUCUCGAUAUCACACGAAAACCAAAUUCAAUAAUUAUUUUAUUAUAUAUCGCUAGCUUCGGCGUAGAUCUAGAAAAGCUUCAAAAUUCCUGCCAAUUUAAUGGCGUCUUCAGGAUAAUUUCUUUGUUUUUGUUUAAGAUAUUCCUCCCUGCAGUAACUUGGAAAUUUCUUGAUCAUUUAACGUUGCGAAUUAGCCAGCUCAAACUCAUUUUAGGGAAUUUUCGCGCGCGCUUUGGCAAACAAUUGACCGCGUCGGGACUUGGUAAACACAGCGUGCAAUAAUACUUUUUGGACUGAAUUUCGGUCCAAAGAAGUAUUAUUGCACGCUGAUGGCGUCGGCAGCCGAAAUAACGCGACGGCUUCAAGAUAUCGAGAAUUAUCAGACGUGUGUUGACCAAUCACGAACGAGAAUAUACUUUGAAUAUAUAAUAAUGAUGAAUAUCAUGACAGGAUUUUCUGUAAUCCUGGUAUACUAUUUAGAGAUACAUGUAGUUAUACUGUACAUCUGAUACUAGACUAAAUGUGAUUAAAGCACUAGGGAUAUUAUCUGCCACUGUCUUGUUUUAUUUUUAUGUUAUAAAAUAUUAUGGUCAUUGUGUCUUUAAAGAUAUGUCGGUUUUGACUUUUGAAUCACUAAGACUAAGUGGUUGCGCUGUAGUACCCCCGCUUUUCUAACUUUAACAUGCCAAAUAUCAUGGCAUUAAACAUAUCUUAAUCGGUAAGCGCAUGUUAAAAGUAUUUGUGUUUAGUUUAACGCCCUGUACCCGGAGUGAACGCCUGAGCCGGAGUCUUGCUUAAAAAAGAUUUCGACUACGUUAGUCCGAAAAGUUAUUGAAAUUGCUCGCUUUGCUUCAUUUGCAUCUUCUUGUAUCCGCGAAUCGCCUCAUUGAGACCCUAGCUUCCAUCAACCUACAUUUAAGAAAUGGAAAAUGCCCUUAUACUCUAGCUAUUUUUGAGGCAACUACGUUUAUAGCUUUCCUUAUACCUCUUUCUACCUUUCUGACAAAGUUAAGAAACAGUUUCGCUCGUAACGUACCAUUGAGAAGGCAGAGAAGCAUAUUUUUCUUAUGCGACGUUAAUAAUAAUUAGUGCAUUUGAUAUUUUGCAUUUUUUGCUACGGAAACCAUUUUCAAAGACUUGACGGCUUUUUACCAAUGUUCAGCUACCAGGUGCAUGACUGCUACCGGCUAGCUACUUGCUUGGAAUUUACAUCAAUUUUCGACCAGAGAAUGUUUUUAGAAAGCUUGUACACAAAGAGCGAAAAGAACAGCAUUUAUAUGUGCCGCGAUAUGCCAGGUGAUAUGCCAUGUUUUCAUUAGAAAUGAGGAAUUAUAACUAGAUAAUAUUGUAUAUAACUUACAUAGGCAAUUACAAGAGAAGGACUAACUAUAGAAGGUGCAAAAAGUGGUGAAGCACAAACAUGACUAUGUCCCAUGCACAUCACUAGAUGAGUUAGUAUAGAAGAGCAAGAAAAACAUGGAAUAGAAAGGUGGAAAGUAAAUGAAAAGCUAGGAGAACCGACAGACGAUAAAGAAGAGAAGUAGUAAAGCAUGAGUGGCAUGGCAUGCGUGGAAGAUAUCAGUUACUGGUGAUCAAUGAGUGUGAGGUAGAUAAGUCAGUUAGGUCGAGAUAAGUCUUGGGUAUAGGUAUGAGUUAAAGAUGUCGUUGCGGAAGAAAGAACUUUGAAAAGUAUUUGUUUUACAGGCUUACAUUUUUAAAGAGCCAUAGGUGCCCACGCAUGUCGUGCAUGCCUGUAGUACAGGUACAACAUGCUACGAUGUGUCUAGGUCGAUGAGACCGCAUUUGUGUCCGUUCGACCUUCUGUUCUCUGUCAUACAAAACCGGGAUGAGGUUCAGUUACGUUAGCCGUUAAACAUAACUCAUUUUACCACGUUUGUUCGAUCUUGUAUUAAAAUGUCAAGUCUUUGAAAAUGGUUUCCGUGGAGGAAACCGAAAUGUUAGACGUCUAAAAUAAAUAAUUUUGCGUAUAAAUAAUCCAAAAGAAUAAUUGAAGAAAAUAAACAAUAUAUUUAUCUUGAACGGGUGCCAGUGUAGAUUGUGCCAAUAAUAACAAGCUUUCGUUGCUAAGAUGCAACUAGUAGGGCUCAGUAGCCACUAACCUUCCAACGAAUGGCCGUCGCUCGAAACGUCUAAUUUCAUCUUGUAUUUUUCAGGUACUUGCAAAAUUUUUAUAUUUUUCGUAUUUUGCCUUUCAGAAAAAGACGCUCAAUAAAAGUACAACACAUGUGAAGCCCUUGAAAAGCCAAUAAUUCACACAACGAAACUCUGCAGCUUCAGUCGUUGCAGCUUUGCAGCUUCAGUUUUGAAGAAGAGGUUUGUUGUAAUCACGGUUGCUCGCUGAGGAAGUCCACUUUGAAGUUUUCGUGCAAACAAAAAAAUGAUCCGAUCCAUCAAAAAGGUUGUCGUGUCAGGGUCAAUACUUUCUUUUAUAAUGGUGUCAAUUUUUUUAAUCUAUAAGAAUGUUACAAUGGAAUAUCUGCAUCCAGCAAGGUUGUCAACUAAUCCAACAAGAAUUCCAACUAAUCCAACAAGAAUUCCAACUAAUCCAACAAGAAUUCCAACUAAUCCAACAAGAAUUCCAACUAAUCCAACAAGAAUUUCGACUAAUCCAACAAGGAUAUCAACUAAUGCAACAAGAAUGUCAAAACGAGAACUGUUAUUAUUUGUUGGCAUGCAUAGUGCUCCAUCGCGUCUUGAUCGAAGAAAUGCCAUCCGUGAAACAUGGAUGAAAGAAUGUCAAUUGAAUCCUAAUACUGUUUGCCGUUUCUUUACCGACGGACAAGAUCCAAAGGGACAAGCGUUGCAAGGAGAGGAAAGAACUAAACUUGAGAACGAGAGUCGAGUUUAUGGAGAUAUUCUCUUAGCUGAAACACCUGGAGGGUUUAAUUUUGCUAUAAAGUAUCUUUGGAUGAUGCAAUGGGCGAACGAAAGAUACAACUUUCGAUACUUUCUUCGCCUUGAUGAUGAUUACUUUGUUUGCUUUCACAAGUUGAUGGUGGAAUUAGAAUUUUUUCGACCGAGGGAGAAAUUUCUAUGGGGCUGGCUGCAUUGUACUGAUAAAGGUAUGAGUGAAAAUUCAGCUACCGUAUUUACUCGUGUAAGCGCAGCCCCCGGAAUAAACGUCGCCCCUGAAUAAGACCAAAAUCCUGUGUGUACGAGGUUGCAAUUUUUAACAAGCCUCGGAAUAUUUUUCUCCUGAAUUUCACUAAGCUCAAAACUACGCCUGGAUAGAGCAACCUUUUGAAUUCCCUGAAUUAAUUUUGAAGCCAGAAUAUUUCUAAUGAAAAGAGAUUUUUAAAUCUAUCAUUUCUCUUACGAAUCAAAUCGUUACGUGUUUAAAUUAGUAAUACUAUCAAGUAAAUAACUUCUUCUACAUAACUUAUAUAUUUAUUUAUUUAGCUUUGCCAACUAGGGCAGGAUCACCACAACAGCAUAUGCCAAUUACUGUGGGCCCUUUUACCUAACCCACCCUGUCAACUUUCUCUGUGGGAGGAAACCGGAGUACCCGGAGGAAACCCACGACUUUCAGCAGAGCGUUGACUUUUAAGCCAGUUUUCCACUAGGCGGAAUUUUGCGCGCGGAGUGAAAUUUUUCUUUGUCUUUUCUAAUUAGUUCCACCCGAGAAAUCACAAGACAAAGAAAGAUUCCGCUCCGCGCGCAAAAUUCCGCCUAGUGGAAAACCGCCUUGCCUUUACUCUUCUCACAUGAGGACUGGGUUCGAGUCGCAUUGAGAAAGUUGUCACUGAGGCUUGAACCUGCGGUGUUAGAGGUGAAAGGCAAGUGCGCUAACCACUUCGCCACCGAAGCCCCAUACGUAUGCGAACAGGCUCUCUUUGAACUCUCUUUGAAAUUUGAGAGAGAGCCUACAGGCCUAGCUAAUAAAACGCGUCUGUGCGUUGUUUAGAACGACGCAGGGUUCCCAUUGGUUGAAAUUGAAUUAACUACAUUAUACUGCCAUAAAAGGUAAUUAAAUUUACACAACAAUAGAUUCAAAUAAAAAAAUAUCGUUCUAUAGCGACGAGUUGUAUAGAAAACUAAAUCUUUGUUUAAAGUUAAAGGAUGGGCAGUCAAAAGCUCUUAACAAUAUUCUAGACGGAAACGAUGUUUUUGCUGUAUAAGAGAGUUUGGCAAAUACAACGGCAACGUUCUUAUAUCAACAAUAGCAUCUUUACUCUAAGACAAGGGCGACUCUAAUUUGCAUUAUUGAGCAUUCUAGUAUGCCGUUGUUGUUCAAACUCAAGUCGUGCCGGUGUUUAUGUGAAUUCACUUACUAUUGCUACUUCAGGGAAUUUCAGGGUUGUUUGAAAGAAAGACAAGUGCUUUUAAUGUUGUAAACAAUCAUGCGUUGAAAUCGAGAUAUGCGUUUUGUUUACAUAUAUAUUCGCAGGCUAUUACAUAAGGCGUGUCUGUAUUAAUAGCCGUUGUCACAUUAGAAGACGGACAAGUCGUCUAGACGAACAGAUCGUCUCAAAAUCGUCUUUUAGUCAAACAAAUCAUCAGAUGUGAAAACGUGUCGGACAAAAUUUUAGACGAACAAGUCGUCUGAAUUUGUUCGACUACUUCUCCGUCUGUAGCCUGCGAGCAGGCUCUCUGGGUGAAAGAGAGCCUGCAAGGAUCCCUAUGAUAUUUACGUGCAUGCGUCCAAUAUUUGGACGCAAAGCUCUGAUUGGUUGAUAACUGAUUCAAAUUAAGUGAUUGACAAGCUUCCGUAAACUACACUUCCCGUCUGUAAAACCGAGCAACGCAAAGCUUCGAAUUUCGACAAUGUAGAGACAUUAAUGUCAUGUAUUUUGUAUCCUUGUUGACUUUUUACUGUAAAUUAAUAUAGUAUUCAUAUAAAGACGAAUGCUAAAAGCUUGCAUGCUUUAUUGAGUGUCUUGGGCUUGUCUGACUUCUAGGCUAAGAAAAGACUGAACAAAUUCGCAAACCGAAACCUACGGACAAGGCAUUAUAUCGCUUCUCUUUCAUGAAACAAUAUUGAGAAUUAUUCUGAUAAUAUUCAGUGCAUAUUGUUUGGAUUAAGCUUGUUUUACAAUGUUAUACUGACGAUUUAAUAUUUAUAAGUAUGCGGCGCUAAAAUGUACAGUAAUUUUAUACUCGUCACUUUGUUUACAAUAAUUAUCACAUGCAUGUUUACUGUAAUUCCACCUUCUGUCGCAAAAUUUGAACUAUAUUAAACAUAUUAAAUUAUUUCCAAUGUCCAUGAUAUAUCAUAUAUGUCUAUGUCUCACCAAAACCAUAAAUUUCAGUAAGUUAUAUUAUUAAUUUAUUACUAUACUGGAUAUAUAUCUUUAUUGCCGAUUGCAGCAUGAAGCAAUUCCAAACAACUGAAUUAGUUAGCGGGUAAUAUACAACUUUGAACUUACUGUGCCUACAGAAACACGUGCAGAUUGUAAUAAAAAGUACAACUUGACAUAUUACACUGUAAAACCUCGAGCCGUUUUAACUUUUUUAGUAUGCCCCAGUGGCGGUCUGUAUACGAAACUAUAAACGAAAGAAUACAAUAUAAAAGGAGUUCAACCACAAAAUAAGGUUCAACGUUUAUCGGUUUAUGUUUACAAUAUUGAAGUGUAUUUCCGGUCUGCGCUGAUUGGUUAUUAUUAAUUGACCUGUGACAUCAUAAUCAAAGGGCGGCAUGCAGUCAUCAUAGUCCUUGCAGGCUAUCUUUCACCCAGAGAGCCUGCUCGCAGGCUAGUCCGUCUGUGAAGACGAUUUUUGAGAGACGAUUUGUUCGUCUAGACGACUUGUCCGUCUCUAUAAAUGUGAAUAGGGCUAUUGUAUUAAUUUUACAUUUAGUUGACAACACUAUAAAUAGUGAUGGGCACAGACGUAUUUUUAUUGACUAAACCGGCAGGCUCUAAUUCAAUUCAAAGAGCCUGUUUGCAGGCUACAUACGUGAGGGAUAUAGCUUCCCAACAACGACACUCUUCUAAUGAGUUAUAGUUCGUUUUAAACUCGAGAUAUUGAGACUUGAGGUGGUCAUAUUGGUGUCCCGUCAUUAUUUGCUGGCAGAUAGCAGAAGAAAGAGAAGCCACUACUAACCAAUUUAUUUCUAGGCAAUAUUUUUUGUUCCUACCUUUUGGUCCGGAUAUGUAUAAAUGAUUUUCCAAGGUUUAUAAAUUUAUAAAUUUAUUAUUAUUAUCGUGAUUAACUGGUCAUUUUAUUGAUUUUAGUCGCGACUUGGUUGGACGAAGCUUUCUAUCUCGUGAGUAGUGACAUAGUGGAAUCAUUUCUUAGCAGGCGAGAUAGUUUAUUCUGCCAUGUUUGGGAGAGUCAAGCCAUCGGAUAUUGGAUCAAGAAUAUAUCAAAUUUAACUACAUUUGCGGAUAAUAAAAGACUUUUACAUAUUAAGCAAGAGGGAUUCAGCUCAGAGAAGGACGUCGCUAACAGAAGAGAAAUUUGCUAUUCAGUUCUUGCCAUUCAUCAAAGUUAUCCUGAAAAAAUGAGAAUGUUGUGGCGUACUUAUGAGAAAGAGAACAAGCCGAUAGCAUACCAGGUGCCUUCAAUUUCUUAUAACUGUAAAUAUCCACUUGCGAUGGAUUACAUGUUCUUCCGUAAUGAUAAAUUCUGGUUUGCUGAACCGAAAUUGUGCAAAGACAAUCCAAUAUGGGACAGAAGUGGAGAAUACAAAGGACGAAGAGGGUCUUGAUCUGUUCCGUAUCAAUGAUCCCCACUUUUAAGCAUUUCGUUCUAAAAACGGUAACUAGAAUUACUUCAAAUACAUGCAUGCACAAUGGGUUUCCAUAGCCACUGCUGUAUCGUAUCAUAUCGUAAAAAAUUAUUUCAUGACGCUAGCCUUUUCAACAUAAGUUGCUUUUCAUGAGGGGCGUCGUCAACUUAUAAACAAAGUAUUAAUAUUUACAAGAGAAUUCGUAGAAACAAGAACUACUGCCUUUGCUGUCUAUAAACCCUGCCAAUAACCGUUAUUAUUAUGUAGUAUAUGUAAUUCCUGGCCGUUUAAUAAAAUUGGAAUAUUUAUUUUCGAGAUAUUAGGACCGUUCCACAGACCUGCCAAGUCUCACGAUUUAAUCGUUUUUUAUGCUUUCUCACGAUCUCACGAUUAAGUCCCAAAAUCUCACGAUUUUCGGAACUUAUGAAAUCAUUGAAGAGCGCAACAUCUAGUUACAAUUAGGUACACUCUUCCAAGAAAACAUCACACUUUAUUAGUGUAUUAAUAAUGCGCAAUGUAUACAACGCCAGAAUUUUGUAUGUGUGAUGUUUGUGUUACAAAGUAAAAGGCGUGUCCUGCCGCUAAGUUUAUUGUCCUGCUAGUCUUAAUAUUACUCGUAAUUUUCUUGUUUUUGUACAGUGGAAGCUACUAAAGCCAUAAAGAAAAAACAGCCUGUUCUUAACGGUUAUAUUUACGGUUAUAUUAACAAAAUAUAAAUGCAUAAUAUCAUAAAAUUGAAUAUCUAUUGAUUAUUUUCUAGUGAUAAAGUUAACCCUGGUCAUAUCAAUGAGCAAACCUGAACAUUUCUAAGUCUCACAAUUUUUCAGUCAAUCUCACGACUUUUUAGAUAGCAACUCACUAUUUCUGCUACUCAAGGUUUGGCAGGUCUGGUUCUAUACGCCGUACUUCACAUGUGCCGAAUACAUUAAAGAUACUGAUAAUAAAUAAUGACUGAAAUGCCUCAUUACCUAUCGUUUUUAAUCUAUUCGGAACAUGUGUAGUACGGCGUAUGAAACGGGCCUUAGCGAAAAAAUUGGCCGUUAUUGGUCUUAUUGUCAUAUUUUAAGUUAGCUUUGCAGAUAAUCUAGUUAACAAUCGCGUUUUGAUUGAUUGUUAUUUUUGUGCAUCCAAAUCACUGUCCACUUUUUGUUGACUUCAGUAGCAGGCUCUAUUUCAAGCAUAGAGCCUGACACGCAGGCUAGCCUCUGUCCGGAUUUGAAGAUGUCGUAUUUUCGGGAGGGGGGGGCGGAUUUGAAGAUGUCGUAUUUUCGGGGGGGGAUAUACGUUUUUAAAAUGAGGGUCAUAUUCGCACUGAUGCUUCCUUCGAUGUGAUCACGAGUUUUAGGCUUCUAACCUGUGUUAUUGGUGUGGCUUAUUUCCUUCCAGUGAACAUCACAGCGAUGAAAAUAGUGUUCAAUCUAGAAGCCCCAACGUGGUAUCAUGAGUUGCAUAAUGUUCGUCAAUAUUACAAGGAGGCAACUGCGGAAUGUACUUCAUAUUAAAAAGUUCUGAAUCAUAGCGUGUCUUAGAACCAGUUGUCGAAUUUUUGCCUGUAGAUAAACAGGAUUAAAACAUUUUAAAAUGUUUGAUUAGCAAAAUUCUCAGAUAAGUAUUUAAUAUAAAAUAAUAUUUUGUUCAACUCCAUAAAGGUUUUAUGCAAUUUGUAUUCAAACUCGCCGAAUAUUUUUUUUCUCUUUAUUUUUCAUUUUAUAAUAAGUAAACUUUCUGUUAUGGUAAUUUAUGUGAUAAUAACUAUACAAUAGCUAAUUAACUAGGCUAGUCUUCUAAGAUUAUUUUAGUUAGCUUAUUACCCAACCAUAGUAUAUUAACUAUUAUAUAUUAACUAAUGUAUAUUAUUUUUGUCGUUGGUAAUAAUAAUAAUAAUAAUAAUAAAAUAGGGCUGUAGCGAAGUGGCUAAAGCAGGGGGUGUGUAGUAUCGCAUUUGCCGACAACAUUUCAGCUGCUAAUUAAUCUUUUUUUUCCAAAAAUUAUAUACUUGAAAUUCCAGAUAUCAUUUUUCACAAACUUUCCAAUUCAUGUGCCGUUUUUCGGUAAUAUUUUCAUAGAUUUAUCAAUGAAAAUUUUUGCUAUAACUAUAACUGCCUCUCAAAUAUUUUCGCUGACUACGAAAAUGAUUUGCCGAUAAAUCCGUUAUUUUGCCGACAAGACCGUUUGCAGGUGGGUGUCACCCCCCCCCCUCCCCAAUCCCCUAUAACUCCGGCUCUGUAGAUAAAUACUAAACGUUGUUAGUAUUUCAGUGUAACACAUAUGUAUAACCGUCUUUUACAUUGCACACACGUAAAACUCGAACGGUUUAUCAACAAGAUAUCUAUGCAUGUGACAGUCUUGUAGCAAGCUUCAUGCAGUUGUUAUCAUGUCAGGUCAGUUCCGUAAUUGCAUGUCACUUACUUAUGGAGAAGUACUACCUCCAACGAAUUGUUAUAAUUCUGCAUGUUAACAAAAACUUGUAACAAGUCUGUUGAGUCCAAUAACAUUGUAGCAAAUUGCUGACCGUGACAAAGGCAACAGCCAUGAGGGUUUCAGCCAUAUUUGUCAUAACAUGUGAAUAAACCCAUUUUCUGUUUUAUAGGUAUUUCUAAGUUGUUCAUUGUUAAUGUUACAUAACGGUACACCUUGGCGAGUGGGGCUACAGUUACAUGUAUGACAACUUCCAUGUUAGGCAAAUUCAGCCAUCAUACUGGGAGAAUCAAAUAUGAUGCACAAACUGUAUUGAAAUGAACCACAUUAAAUCAUUUAUAAAUUGAAAUAUUGAGUAUCGUCCACAUCAACAGUCAGUAUCUGGAAUCGACUAGACAGUGGAGAAACGCUUACUGAAGAAAAUUCUGUAUUUUGGAAUGAGUCUACCGGCACUUUGUGUUUGUCGAAUGUGUAAUCCGCAUAUCUUUGUGUUUGACGAAUGUGUAAUCCGCGUAUGCAUGGGAACCACAGUUUGGCUUAUAUUCUAUGCUGACACAAAAUUUGUAUUAAAUGGAGAUCAGUGGCUCAAUCUAUUUAUUUAUUUAUUUAUUUAAUGAAUUUAUUGAGCCAUCUACAUACGUACUAUAUCAGGUACAAAGAUAAAAACUUGACAAACGAAAGACAAAACACACGUCACAAAUCACAAAUUAGUAGAUACACUCAAACGGAAAAGCACAAACGGGACACUAAAAGUCCCAUGCGAGGUGCUCCCCGUAAUUAGUUUUGAUAUAGUUAAUUAAUUACAAACACACACAUAUAUAUUACUUGUGGUAUUAAGUCCUAUGGCAAGGACAGUCACGAUUUAAUGACCACGUACAAGCCAUGUCUACGUCAUAAACAUUACUAAUUAAUGUAUAGUAUCUACGUUUAAGAUAGUGUUUAAAAGAGUUUGGAUUACGGAAAAUGUCAGGUGAGAUUUCUUGGCACACUGUGUUCCAAAUCUUUACAACACGAUUGUAGUAUGAAGACUGGAAAGUAUUAGUUUUACAGAGUUUACUUUGAAGGAUAUAUCUUGACAUAUGGCUCAGUCUAGUACGACCAUGGCCCACAAACGACACAUAGUUAUCGAUAUUGACGUCAAUGUAACUAAACAAUGAUUUGAAAAAAUACACCAAGUCUCUGACUUCUCGAUCAUAGGUUAACGGUAGCAGAUCUAAUGCUAAUAACCGUUCUCUGUACGACAGUUCUCCUCGCUUUGUCAAUCUGGAAAGCAUCCACAUCUCCCCCCCAGAGGAAAUUGGAAAUUAACCCCUACACCCAUUGGAUGUCUUUAGAGUUUACUAUUAUAUAUAUUUACUCCCUCCUCACCCUCCGCACGAUUAAAUAUCCUCCAUAGAGAGAGUGUGGAUCUUUUCUGGAACAACCAAAUUACAAAUAUUAACAAUUAAGAAUAAUGCCAAUAAUGCCAUGUAAAUAAAUAUUUUUAUUCUAAUAUGAACCAUAUGAAAAAGUACAACAUACUUUGGAAGUUAAUGAUAAUUCACUGUAUCGUAAAACUAUGUUUAGGGAAAAUUACAUGCUUGGGAAAUGCAUGCUAAUAAUACUCAUUCCAAUUAUCAUUUCCCCAUGCCAAACCUAUGUAUUUGCGAAUUAGGGAUCUUAAUUUAUGAGAAAACAUUUAGGCUUGCUUUACACUAUCAACUCUCUUUGAAACAAACUAUGCAUUGAUGUGUGUGUGUCCAGUGUAAAUGCAGCCAGAUGAUGAUACGAUGAUAUGAAUUCGAUAAUAUGCGAAAAACGAAUGUACUCACUUGACGUAAUAAAGUCUAAUAAUUUUUAUUACUAAUCCAGUAAUUGGACUUAUGGGAUAUAACUUUGACAACUUGUUAUUGACCCCAAACACAAUCUGUCAAGUUAUGCCGGUAAUAUCCUUCCAUGCACAUGCAUACACUUCCCCUCCGAAUUUAGGUAUGACUGGCAAGCUACGAAUAGAAAGCACGAACGAGUCAUCUGAAUUAAGCAUGGUUUGUAUGCAUGUACUAUCAUGCAGUUUUCUUUGAACAAAAUUAUGCAGUCACAACUGUGCGUACAUUGCAAAUACAUGCUUAUACAUCGAUC